ACAGACUGGCAGCAGCUUUCUCUACUGAAUAAGUCAGCAGUACAAUUGUUGAAGGCCUACCGGAUUAUUUCAGUUCUUAUUCUGCUUAGUCAAUUGACCUUACGUAUUGGUCUCUCCUGUUUAUUGAUGUCUGCAAUCACAGUCAUUAUCCUUGUGUUAUAUUUUGUAAUUGAUACCUUCUGGGUUCAGAAGAGACCUUGGCUUGCUGAAUGUACACCAAUUUAUAUUCAGUAUUUUGUGAAGUUCUUCAUUAUUGGAGUUACAGUCUUGGUGGUGGCGGUACCAGAAGGUCUUCCACUUGCAGUCACUAUAUCUCUAGCUUACUCUGUUAAGAAAAUGAUGAAAGAUAAUAACUUGGUGAGACAUCUGGAUGCAUGUGAAACAAUGGGCAAUGCAACAGCUAUUUGCUCAGAUAAAACGGGAACAUUGACCAUGAACAGAAUGACAGUGGUCCAAGCCUACAUCAAUGAAAAACAUUAUAAAAAAAUUCCAGAACCAGAAACUAUUCCAGAGAAAACUAUGGCUUACCUUGUGACAGGAAUUUCUGUUAAUUGUGCUUAUACUUCCAAAAUACUGCCUCCUGAAAAAGAAGGUGGCCUACCACGUCAUGUUGGAAAUAAAACUGAAUGUGCCUUGCUGGGAUUGCUCUUGGAUUUAAAACGUGAUUAUCAGGAUGUAAGAAAUGAGAUACCAGAAGAGGAUUUGUACAAAGUGUACACCUUCAAUUCUGUUAGAAAAUCUAUGAGUACUGUGUUAAAAAACUCCGAUGGCAGUUUCCGGAUAUUCAGUAAAGGUGCCUCUGAGAUAGUUCUUAAAAAGUGCUUCAAAAUACUGAGUGCUAAUGGAGAACCAAAGGUAUUUAGACCUAGGGACCGUGAUGAUAUUGUGAAAACUGUAAUUGAGCCAAUGGCUUCUGAAGGGCUCAGAACCAUCUGCCUGGCAUUCAGAGACUUCCCAGCAGGGGAACCUGAGCCAGAAUGGGACAAUGAAAAUGACAUUGUUACUGGUCUGACGUGCAUUGCGGUUGUUGGGAUUGAAGAUCCUGUGAGACCUGAGGUACCUGAUGCAAUAAAAAAGUGUCAACGUGCAGGCAUAACUGUACGUAUGGUCACUGGCGAUAACAUUAACACAGCUCGUGCUAUUGCAUUAAAAUGUGGUAUUCUGAAUCCUGGUGAAGACUUCCUGUGUUUAGAGGGCAAAGAUUUUAACAGGAGAAUACGCAAUGAAAAAGGAGAGAUAGAGCAAGAGCGAAUAGAUAAAAUUUGGCCAAAGCUUCGUGUUCUUGCAAGAUCUUCUCCCACUGACAAACACACUCUAGUAAAAGGUAUAAUUGACAGCACUGUCUUUGAACAGAGGCAAGUUGUAGCAGUAACUGGUGAUGGUACCAAUGAUGGUCCAGCCCUGAAGAAGGCAGAUGUUGGAUUUGCUAUGGGUAUUGCUGGAACAGACGUAGCUAAAGAAGCUUCUGAUAUUAUCCUUACAGACGACAACUUCACAAGUAUUGUUAAAGCAGUUAUGUGGGGACGAAACGUGUAUGACAGUAUCUCCAAAUUUCUUCAGUUCCAGCUUACUGUCAAUGUAGUAGCAGUAAUUGUUGCUUUUACAGGAGCAUGCAUAACACAAGAUUCUCCGCUUAAAGCUGUGCAGAUGCUGUGGGUAAAUCUUAUAAUGGACACAUUAGCUUCUCUUGCCUUGGCAACAGAACCACCCACUGAAGCUCUUCUGUUGCGAAAGCCUUAUGGUAGAAACAAACCUUUGAUUUCUCGUACAAUGAUGAAGAACAUUUUGGGUCAUGCUUUCUACCAACUCGUAGUGGUCUUCACACUCCUGUUUGCUGGUGAGAAAAUUUUUGAUAUCGAUAGUGGAAGAAAUGCACCUCUGCAUGCUCCUCCUUCAGAGCAUUAUACUAUUGUAUUUAAUACAUUUGUGAUGAUGCAGCUUUUUAAUGAAAUUAAUGCCCGAAAAAUUCAUGGUGAAAGAAACGUUUUUGAAGGAAUCUUUAACAACGCUAUCUUCUGUUCUAUUGUUCUGGGGACGUUUGUUGUGCAGAUAAUUAUUGUGCAGUUUGGUGGGAAGCCUUUCAGUUGCUCAGAACUCUCAAUUGAACAAUGGCUGUGGUCCAUUUUCCUGGGCAUGGGAACACUACUCUGGGGCCAGUUGAUUUCAACAAUUCCAACCAGCCGUCUGAAAUUCCUUAAAGAAGCGGGUCAUGGAACACAAAAGGAAGAGAUACCUGAAGAAGAACUCGCGGAAGAUGUAGAGGAGAUCGAUCAUGCUGAGAGAGAAUUACGUCGUGGUCAGAUCUUGUGGUUUAGGGGCCUAAACAGGAUACAAACUCAGAUGGAUGUAGUGAAUGCUUUCCAGAGUGGAAGUACCAUUCAGGGGGCUCUAAGGCGGCAACCCUCCAUCGCCAGCCAGCACCAUGAUGUAACAAAUAUUUCUACCCCUACACAUAUCCGAGUGGUGAAUGCAUUUCGUAGCUCCUUGUAUGAGGGGCUAGAGAAACCUGAGACACGAAGUUCAAUUCACAAUUUUAUGACGCAUCCUGAGUUUAGAAUAGAAGACUCUGAGCCUCAUAUUCCUCUUAUUGAUGAUACUGAUGCUGAAGAUGAUGCUCCAACAAAACGCAACUCUACUCCCCCACCCUCUCCCAAUAAAAAUAACAAUGCGGUUGACAGUGGAAUUCACCUUACAACAGACAUGAACAAGUCUGCUACCUCUUCAUCCCCAGGGAGCCCGCUACAUAGUUUGGAAACAUCACUCUGAUUGUAAGCUGAAUGUUAACACACUAGCUGCAUUGUAAAGAAAUUGAAACUGGGUCUCUUCACACAUUACGAUGGACAAGAUGAUAUUCUUGUCUUGGACUUCAACAGAAGACACACUUGUACGAAUGUAGAUUUAUUUUUUUAAAAAAAAAGCUUUCUGCCAGACUGGAGGGUGCUUUUCUGGGGGUGGGAGUAAUAAUGAACUCUGACAGAUAAACAGUAACUCGGCAUAAGUGACCUGUGGAUCAUCCGUUGUACUUAAGAAUGGUCCUGAACAGUGUGUUAGCAGAGCUUUAGUUUAUCAUGAUCCUUUUCUGAGGGGAAGGCUGGGAAGGGCAAGGAGGCCCUGGAUCAUUGAAUUGAUACUUUAAUUUCUGCUGUUGGCUGUUAAUAAUUUGGUUUAUUUAUGUUUAUAAAUGAUACAGAUCUGUUUACAAGGUUUGUAGAUACUUUUUUUGUUCCUGUUCAUAGAUGGGAAGCUUCCUUAGAAAUGAUGCAGAGAAAAAAAAAAAAAACCAACAAAAAAACUAGUCCUUCAAAUACUGCUGUAUUUUCAGGAAAAGGGUGUUUCUAUUGAAACUGUACUAAAUUUUGCCUGCAAUUUACCUUGUUAAAUAUUGUAGAUAAAUUGCUAAUACUAAUAGCCAAAUAGAUAACACUAAUGCUUUGUAAAAACAUGAGCAGUGGUGUUCUAAUGAAGUUAUGGCCUCUGUCCUAAUUAGUUUCUUAAAUACAUUUACUACUUAAUGGUUUUGAAACAACUGUUUAAUUUUUAAAAAUUUUGAGAAACUUACGGAAUAACUUUUGUUCAGAACUUAGUAGGAUUGUUUAAUGCAGGACAUCAAUAUGUGAUGGAACUUGCUUGAAAUAUUUCUGUUAUCUCGGGCAAAAUGGAUUAAAUCAAAAUACAUCAGAAUCUUAGUCCUUUGUUUUUGUCUAAACAUGUUAGUUUAGUGCUGUCUUGGUGAACUGUGAGUGGAACUGUGAUUUUUUUCUAAUCUAUAGAAUCCUUCAUGCAGCAUGAGGGCUGUUGGCAUUUUGAAAGGUUGUUAGUGGGUAGCAUACAUGUUCUCCUUUUUGUUUUUGAAACUUGUUUGUAAACAUGAAUAAAUCUGCCCUUUUGUUAAAAUAAAAUUGCA